UAAUACAACUGUCUUCAGCAGAUGCAUCCUUCAGUACAGUGGUCCUGUAGUCUGCGGUGUAGCAUGGUUCCUCAAUGAGACGCCCAGAGCGAAUACCCAUAGGGACCACAACUUGAAGAAGGAAGGACGGUGACUUAUCUUACGAUAAUUGGAGUUCUUGAAGACAUUUGGUCCCAAUGAAUAUUCCACUACCCAACCUACUUCAGAUCCUUUACUAAGUAUUCGCAAUAGAGUAGGAACUGGAGAGGGAAUCAGUCCACAUUGCCCCUUAUGCCCUUGCUUCGGAGCAUGAGAAGACUCAGAGUGCAGACAUGUAUCAAGAGAUGACGACAGUAAAAAUCUUCCAGUUUCAGGUACAUGAAACGCAUGCACACUCCCAAUGGAAUGUCCAUAGGGACUACACGUCUCAGAGAGCUCCAGUUAUUGGAAGGACAGGACACUGCAGUUGUACCAGUUUUGAAGCAAAAUAUGGAAAGUGUUUCACUGCUGACUGAUCACAGCCAAAUGAACAGUAUUGACAGUAGUUUGAAAAUCAGCAGUUAGCAGUUUGUUCGCUACCCACACUUUCCAGAGAGAACUAAUUGUUUACAAGAAAUCUGCUUUACAAGUCCGUUACAAUAACCCUCCAACUUUGUCUAUUUAAAUAUUUGCAAAGGGGAAGUAUUUACCUACAAGCACACACUGGGAAAAAUGGCAAUGGAGGAGUACCUGUGGAUGGUCAUUGUGGGUUUUAUUGUCGCUUUUAUUUUGGCAUUUUCAGUUGGUGCAAAUGACGUUGCCAAUUCUUUUGGGACUGCUGUGGGCUCUGGUGUGGUCACUUUGCGCCAGGCCUGCAUUUUGGCUUCAAUUUUUGAAACCGCUGGCUCAGUAUUACUGGGAGCUAAAGUAGGAGAAACGAUUCGGAAAGGUAUCAUUGAUGUUAAUCUGUACAACAGCACAGUGGAUCUGCUGAUGGCAGGAGAAGUUAGUGCAAUGGUUGGUUCUGCUGUUUGGCAGCUGAUUGCCUCUUUCUUGAAACUCCCAGUAUCUGGGACCCACUGCAUAGUGGGUGCUACCAUCGGAUUCUCACUUGUUGCGAUCGGUACGCAGGGUGUUCAGUGGAUGCAGCUUGUCAAGAUUGUUGCCUCCUGGUUUAUUUCCCCACUGUUAUCUGGUUUGAUGUCUGGAAUGCUGUUUCUGCUGAUUAGAUUCUUAAUUUUAAAGAAGGAAGACCCUGUACCCAAUGGUCUUCGUGCACUUCCAGCGUUCUAUGCUGCUACAGUAGCCAUUAAUGUGUUUUCCGUCAUGUACGCAGGGGCACCAGUGCUAGGACUGGUACUUCCUAUAUGGAUAAUAGUCCUAACAUCAUUUGGUAUAGCUAUAGUAUUUGCUGUUCUAGUGUGGAUUUUCGUGUGUCCGUGGAUGAAGAGAAAAAUAGAAAGCCGGUUAAAGCAAGAAGCCGCGUUGUCAAGGAUAUCGGAUGAAAGUCUUGAUAAAAUUCAAGAGGAGGAGACACCUGUUUUUAAAGAGCUUCCUGGAGUCAAAGCAACUGAUGAGAGCACGAUUCCCCUCACUGGCCCAAUAACAGAAGCUGCUGGAGUGUCAGAUAGCGGCAUAGCAAAUGGAAACCAUCCCCGUGUGCCAUAUGGAAGGGCUUUUUCUAUGACGCAAACCACCAUGAAAUCUCCUGUUUCCAACGGCACUUUUAAUUUUGAUGGUGGCCAUGUGAGGAGUGAUGGCCAGGUGUACCACACUGUACAUAAAGACUCAGGGUUGUACAAAGACUUGCUACACAAAAUACAUCUGGACAGGGCAAACAAUGACAGGCCCUCACAAGAAAACAAUUACAAGAUACUGCGUCGCAACAACAGCUACACUUGUUACACAGCUGCCAUCUGUGGAAUGCCAGUCCAUUCAUCCUUCAAGGCAGUUGAUCCAUCAACCCCAGAAGACAGUGAAAAGUUGGUGGGAGACACAGUGGCCUAUUCUAAAAAGAGAGUUCGCUAUGAUAGCUACUCUAGCUAUUGCAAUGCUGUAGCUGAGGCAGAGAUUGAGGCAGAUGAAGGUGGUGUGGAAAUGAAGUUGGCAUCAGACCUAGCAGAUCCUAACCAACUCCCAGAAGAUUCUGUAGAAGAGGAAAAGGAGGAGAAGGACACCUCUCAGGUCCACCUACUUUUUCACUUUCUCCAGAUCCUAACAGCCUGCUUUGGAUCUUUUGCACAUGGCGGUAAUGAUGUCAGCAAUGCAAUUGGUCCUCUGGUAGCUCUCUGGCUUAUAUAUGAACAAGGAGGUGUAAUGCAAGAAGCUGUGACUCCUGUCUGGCUCCUGUUUUAUGGAGGUGUUGGGAUCUGUGUAGGUCUCUGGGUCUGGGGUAGAAGAGUUAUCCAGACUAUGGGGAAAGACCUCACACCAAUCACACCUUCGAGUGGAUUCACUAUUGAGUUGGCUUCGGCGUUCACAGUUGUGGUAGCUUCCAAUGUUGGACUUCCUGUCAGUACUACACACUGCAAGGUUGGUUCAGUGGUGGCAGUCGGCUGGAUACGUUCAAAGAAGGCUGUUGACUGGCGUCUGUUCCGCAACAUCUUUCUGGCCUGGUUUGUGACAGUUCCUGUUGCUGGCUUGUUCAGUGCUGGAGUCAUGGCGAUCUUGAUGUAUGGGAUUCUGCCCUAUGUCUGAAUUGCCACUUCCCCACGAAACAGGCAGAGUAGCCCAAGCUACUCUCCCAUGGUGGGGGAGGAGAGGGAGGAGAAGAGCCCCUAUUAACCUGUCCAAUGGAAGUGCUAGUCAGCAAGGAUUCAUCAUCCAUAUCUAACUUCUUAUCUACUGUAUAUAACAAUGUGUCAUAUUGGUGACAUGGUGAUAUCAUGUGGUGCCGUUCUUAUAUAUUAAAGAAAUAUAUGCAUAUAGUAGGGAAUAGUACCUAAGUUAUAAUAUAAGUGGGGUGAAAAUAUUGCCUAGAAUUUAAUAUUUAGUAAAGUUUGUACAUAAUGUAACAUUUCAGUGGCAAUUUUUUUAAUCUUUUAAAGAAGAGUAUGGAUUGGGAAAUGUUUCUUGUCUAUUUGAUAUAAGAUAAAGCGAGGUACAGGAUUGCAUAACAUGAAUUUUUUUAAAGUUAAAAGAUACUGGAACAAAACGUGCAUAAGUGCUUUUCGUAAGAUAACUUUGUUCAUAUCAGAUUGAUCUUUGUGUACAAUACUAUAUGGCAACUGCUUUUGUAAAUACUUACAAACAGUAACUUUUUAAUGGUGCAUUUCCCUUAUAUAUUUUGGAUAAGAAAGUUUAGAAAGUACCAAAGAAGCAGGGAAAUAGCUUGCUAGAGUUAUGUUGUCAUCUACCUGUGUGUGUACCUGUAUGUUCCCACUUCUAAUUAAAGAUUGUUUUCACUAAGCUAUCACCAGCAAAACUGGGAUAGCACUGUUCAUGUUUGAUUGUAACUAGCAAAAAAACCGUAUUUUACAGUUAUGCCUGUUCUCGUUAUUCUGUAUGCUUAAUACUACUGUUCAUGUGAUUAGUCAACUAACUUAAUUAUGUUUUGAAUCUGAAACACACUAAAUAUUUAUCUUCCAUCUUCCCCUACUCCUGUCGAAUCUGAACCCAGUCCUGCCAUCAACCUGAACAGGAGCAAGAUCAAGCCUUAAAAAUCUUCUCCUUCUGUAGUAGUUCUCCACCACAGACUCUCAGAGAAACGAGUGGGUGAUUCCAUGGCCUGUACUCUAAAGUCAUGCAUAGAAAUUGAGGAAGGCAGCUAGGUAAUAAGCAUGCCUGGCACGUGGGGAUUAGAAAGUCAUGAAUAAUAAUGGGCCCUGCCCCAUGAAUGAAUUGCUUUCAGGGAGUACAGUUGUGUCACUGAGGCUGUCGGAUCAGCCUGUGUUUGGAUACUAACAAACACUCUAGGGCCAGGUUUGCAUGUUGAGUAGUUCCCUCCUCCCUCCCUGUGUUCUUCAGUGGAAUAAGAUGCUGCUCGUUAUGACUAAGGGCAGGUGUGACUGAACCAGCAUGGCUAACAAUAGCAGUGCAGAUGUGGUGUGUCAGGCCUCGGUGCAGGCUGGGUACACACGUGCAUUCCUAGCCUACCCUGCUGUUUUUAGCCAGACUGCAAUCACCCUGUCGAUUGUGGUGUAGACAUGACCUGUGUGGAGAUGAGAGUCUGGCCCUAGAGGAACAGAGAGUCUGUGGAUACACAUGUUUAGGUUGAGAUUGUCACAGCAGCGCAGGGGAUUACAUGGAACAAGCGUGGCUUAAAUCUCAGCCUAGAAGUCUUGAUGCCAUUCAGGCUGAGGUUACUGUUCUGGGGGUGGAAGCCAGUGUUUGGAUGGAGAUGGGAACCUAGUACUGUUUAAAUGCUGCUAAAAUUUUGAUAGACAAACAUUCUUGGUACUCUGUUAUGACUUUUUCCAUUAGUCAUUCAUACUAAAUUUAUAAUAAAAAGAUAAAUAGCCCCUA